AUGAAGUCUUCGUUCCAUGUCCUGCUCCUGCUCUUAGGAGCUGUGGUAAACGUCCAACCAGCAGAAGACAAAGCAUCUCUGCUCUACCCCUAUGGCUUGGAUCAACAAGACCAUAAGAACCCCAAACUGGAUGAUGGGACAUCAAAGAAGGUCACCCUUGCCGUGCCCUUCACCUUCUAUGGCCAGGAGCACCAAACCCUCUAUGUCAACAACAACGGUGUGAUAUCCUUUGAUACCCGGGUCAACCAAUACACCCCAGACCCCUUCCCACUGGCUGAUGGACGCUCCUUCGUGGCCCCAUACUGGGCAGAUGUGGACAACGUGCUUGGAGGAGAUGUCUUCUACCGCCAGACCACUGACCCAGCACUGCUGGCCCUCAUCACCAAGGACAUCAACCAAUACUUCCCCACCAUCCCCUACACGGCUACAUGGGCUUUGGUGGCCACCUGGGACCACGUGGCCUACUAUGGCUCUACCACCAAUAAGGGCAAUACCUUCCAAGCCACCCUGACGACUGACAGCAAGAUGUCCUUCAUCAUCCUCAACUACUGGGAUAUCCAAUGGACUACAGGGGCAGCAAGCGAUGGUGACCCUGAAACAGGGUUUGGUGGGACUCCAGCCCAUGCUGGCUUCAACAGUGGAGAUGACACCAACUUCUACAACAUCCCUGGCUCCCAAACUGAAGCCAUCAUCAACAUCACCAAGACCUCCAAUGUCAAUGUCCCAGGGCGAUGGGUCUUCCAAGUGGAUGACUUCAAGGUGACGGGGGUCCCCACUGAGGUGCCCAAGGUCUCCAACAGCAACUGCUGGUUAUACAUCAAACCCAUUGGGCCAGAGGAACCCAACGGUGUCCCCACCAUGU